AUGUCAAGUUUUCUAUUCUUUAGUUUGAUUUUAUUCAAUUUUAAAUACAAUAAACAACUUCAACUGAUAUGUGAGAAAGCGACAGAAGCUGCAAAACAUUCAGUAGAAUUGCAAAGAUCUAACGAUGUGCUAAACAAUUAUUGUACAGAAUUAAAAAAGAAGUUAGGUGAUUUACAUGAAGAAUUAAAUAGAAUGUCUAUACGAAAUGAAGAACUGAGUCGUGAAUUACUACAUCAGACAGCUGAACAAAAAUCUGUAUUAACAUUUUUGGCAAAUAAAAAUACAGAAAUGAAGACAAAAGAAUUGCCCAGAUUUGAGAAAGAAUUGGAUCGUGUUGAAGUUAUGCUUGGUACAACAGCGUAUCAUAAGAAAAAUGCAAAAAUUAAUUCGAUUCCUGAAACAUCUGGAUACAAAACUAAUGCGUUCAAUACCAAUACUGAGUCUAAAAAUCAACGAUCUUCAGAGAACAAAUGGACAAAUCUAAAAGACAAAAAAAUCCUUCAGAAUGCUGAAAAACAAAUAAAAUUGGAUUUAAUCAUGAAAGAACGUGAUCAACUUCAAAUAGAAUUAACAAAUACGAAUCGAAAAUUAGCUCGAUUCUUAGAUCAUUUUAAAGCUCGUUUAAUUUAUCAUAUAAAUGGAAUAACUCGUUUAGUAGAUGCUACAAAAUCCAAUGAUCGAUUAAUUGUCAGUGAAGGACUUUAUGGUUUAGAAAAAUAUAUUAAACAUUUAAUUGCUGAUAUGAAUGCAACUUAUAAAAUACGUGAAAAUCAACUAGUUAACAUUUGCCGAUCGCUUAAUGGUCAGUUGCAUGCAACACGUGAAGCAAUGAGGAAAGUGAUGAUUUGUUAUACUAAACUAAGAACACAAGCAAUUCAACCAAAUGCAUGCAUUAAUGAUCCAGGACCUACACCACAAGAAUUAAUCGAUGAGUUAAGUUGGUCAGGUAGAAGUAAUGAAGAUUAUUUAUUGAAUUUAAACGCUUCUAUAAUGGCUGAAAGUACACAACCUGUUAAAAAUAGAUCGAGGCGACUUACAAGAAUGAAUAUUUCAGAGGGAAUUUUAAAUUAAGCUGUGAAUGGUAGUAAAGAAAACAACUGCAUCUUAAAACGUUUAAUACAUUUAAUACAUUUUGAUUGGAACAAUUGAAAUGAACUGAGUGUCUAAUUGAAAUAAUAAUAAAUAAAUUUAAAU